AUGCUCAACCCGGCCGCCGUCAUCCCCAACCCCGGGGUUGCCGCCCCAGAGCCCACCAUGGUGGCCGUCUUCGCCGUAGUGACGGCUCCAUCAUGGGCCUUGCCAAUCUCAGAGUUCCUGGAUAACAGAGUCCUCCCUAUGGAUGAGACCGAGGCCCGGCAAAUACAGCGUCGGGUGUCCGCCUACAGCAUCAUCAACAACGAGCUCGUCAAACGCAGCACGACGGGCGUCUUUCAACGCUGUGUUGAGCAGGACAAGGGCAUAGAGAUCCUCCUCGACAUACACCAGGGCGAGUGCGGGCACCACGCCACCUCGAGGUCCCUGGUGGACAAGGCUUUCCGCCAUGGUUUCUACUGGCCCACGACCCUCCAAGACGUCGAGUCGGUUGUCCUCAAGUGUGAGGGAUGCCAGCGCUUCAGCAAGCGCAGCCACCAGCAAGCUUCAGCACAGUGA